UUUAUGCCGCCUUUUUCAGUUUGUGGAUUAACGUAACUUAUAAUUGGUAGUUUUAUAAACAAAACUAUAUCAAUUUUAUACAUCGUUGAAGCCAAUAUUUAUUAUUAACUUGAGUCUCACCUUGUUAUUAACUCGUUAACCACUAACUUGUGAUCAAAAAGCGAUUAUUAUUAUUGCUCUCCAUUUGACUUGUGUGAAUCAUGAAUCAACAAAGUGAUAAUCUGAUUUGUAACGUCUGCCAGAAGAGCUAUUCCAGCGUCUCGGCUAAAAAUAGGCAUUUGAGAACUGUUCAUCAUGAAGCUGUCGAGGAAAAACCAAAAAACACUGUACAUCUACAGUGUCCCAUUUGCAAUGAGCAGGAAAAACCUUCUUUCGGAUCCCAUGACCUCCUUAUAAGCCAUUUAGAAAACAAUCAUUCCUUAAGUAUUAAAACAUCUUUUUAUAAGUUUAGGACUAUGGAAGAAUUUGAGACCUGGCGAGCACUUAUUAGCAGAAGUGUGGAUUAUGUUGUGAAUUCAACCCAUAUUACUCAAAGUACCAAUACCAAACGGAUUUAUUAUAAUUGCAAUCGAAGCAACUACAGAGGUUUUGUGAGUCAAUGCAGCCAACGUAGUAUGAAGAAAGGAGGCAGCAUAAGAAUAUCGGGUAUGUGUCCAUCAAGAAUUUGUUUGAAAAUUUGUGGAUCAGAAAUAACUGUUAAAUUCAUUGAAACUCAUGUUGGCCAUGGAGAUGAUCUACGUGCUAAGCACCUAACACAAAGUGAGCAACAAGAAAUUGCAAAAAAAUUGAAUGCUGGAGUUACUAAAGAAAGAAUCUUACAAGAUUCAAGAGCUAUAAGUGAUCAUCAAAUUGAGAGAAAAAAUUUACUUAACUGUGGAGAUCUUGCCUACAUUAUCAAAAAAUUUAAUAUAGAUAAUAUAGAAAAUGAAGAAAGACAAAAUCCCAAUGUUUCAACCGAUCAUAGUAGAAAACAAGGGAUUACAAAAGAACGAGCACAUAUGUUAGUGAAUAUGUUAAAUGAUGAUAAUUUGGAUAAGUUCAUCAGAAUAAUGGAGAAGUUAGUUAGUGAACAGACUGAAGGUGCAUCAACCAGUAAAAAGAGGAAAAUUGAUAAGCAAUCAUAUUAUCCCAGCAAGAAGUAGUGGUGUGGAUACAUACAAAGGGUAACCAGCUGUAUCUUGACCAAUACUUUUGAAAAUCAUUUUGAUAUGCCAGCCCAGAGAUUGACAAAGACCAUCUAAUAGAGGCUAUGAGGAAUCAAAAUAUAAUUUUAUUUAAACCAGUAAAACGAUAAAGGAAGAAUAAAUUUCAAAUAUGUAAUGUAUGAAGUUUUCCAAUUAUUGUGCUUUUUUACUGGAAUGAUUAUUUAAUUUUUAUUCAAAUUUAAUUGUGUAUUUGUGCUCUUUGUAAAUUGGUGGAAACGCCCCAGUGGUGAAGGUUUUCUUUGCUUGGUUCUUUCCUUCACAAGCUCCCUGAACCAUGCAAUCAAAUAAAUAUUAUCAAAAC